AUGAUAGCUCUAUCGGUCGGCAAUUACUCACCAUGGGUCAAUAGGAAAAACGAUCACAAAAUUGCUCAUCAAAACAAAGUUCACAAACGCCCUCGACCAGAGUUACCUUGUCCACCACCACCCGCUUCAGAUUCUGAAACCCCAUUAGACGAGUCAGAACAUCCAGAGCUAGAUGUCGUACCGGGUGCGCUAGGACCACGUAUUGAUACCGAUUCAGACUCCUCCAGACCCCCUUCAAUCGCUCCCUCUGAAAGCAGUGUCGCUUCGUCUUACACUUCAGCCACCUCACUCGGUUUGGUGGACGAUGACGGUAUACCGUUUUUUGGUCCGGAUAUUCCGGACGACUUGAAACUCAAAGCCGUCAUCGAAGACUUUGGUGAUAUCGCGGAGCUUAUGGAGAAUUCAGAUGGAACACCUGGAGAACCAGAGCGUAUGUUAGCGGAAAGCAAAGGCAGCUUAUUCAAGGGAGUCAUGAUGAUCGGCAAUCUUCACUUGACCACUCAUCGUAUUCUCUUCCACGCUGUCCUUCCACCUGAUUCAGCUUAUCAAUCACGACCCAACCCAGAUGCUAUAAAUGCCAACAAUGUGGACGCAGCUACCGCUGCUUUGGCGCACCAACCAGAUGUCUUGUACUCGGGGCCGGUGACUGUUCAUCGAAUCGGCCUCUUGACACCUAGACGAGUGUGGAUGGAAUUAAGUUCCGAGAUGAUCACAACAUUUCCCAGUGCCACGGAAUCAGGACGGGUACGACCAAUUCGGUCCAUACUCUUAUCUUCCAUCCGUCGUCUACAACCGUUCGAUCAUGAACAUCCUUGCGAGUUCUAUGCCACCUAUGAAGCUGCUGAUGGUUUGCGAACCACUCAUUUUACGGUGGAUACAGAGCAAUCGGCCGUGCAAUGGCGUAGAGAAAUUGAAGGCGCUUUAUACCGACAUGCUCGAUCGCGGUUGAAGGAAAUAACUGAAGGCCGUCAGGCUAACGCAAGUAUCUUAGGCGAACCUCAAACUUCCGACGGUUGGUCGAUGAUGCGUGUUUGUGUACCACUUGAUCGAGUGACCAUCAAAGGUAUACACGAUUAUCACUCAUUCUCCACUCUGGUAGGAUUAGACAUCGAUAUUGGAAGUCAUAGAGCCAGACCUGUGCGAAAACAACCAUCCGAAGAUCAUCUUGUCCGUGAGGACUCCACUCCCCCAGGUCAAAGUCGAAGGAAAUUCUCCAUCAGGACUUCAUUAUCUCGUGUAGGCUCGCCUAAACCUAGUCGGGAAUCUUCACCAGCUUCUCGACAUCGUACUCUGGCCGGAUCAGGCGGUCGAUCGAUGUUACCUCCCGGGUACGAAACCAACGCUGAUCCGCGACACGAAUAUCACUUCAACGUUGCUUUGUUGAAUGAACAAGCAUGGUUCGCCGAAGCUCUCAGUGCGGCCGUCAAAGCUUCACAUGGACGUCGAUACAAAGCGGGUGUUAGACCUCCUGAUAUGAUACUCACUGUGGGAGGACAUGAUUGUUUGGCUGGUGAUGACGAGUUGGAAGCACUUGGAUUGGAGUUUCCUCGACAGAGUUCUUCGUCUUUAGAUGAUGAUAUCGAUGAGGAUGGACAAGGGGUCGGUUCACAAACGAGAAAGGCGGAAAAGGCAGAACAGGCUGCCAAACUAUUCGGACUAAAACCUGAGGAGGGUAUAUGGCUUAAACGUUGUUAUGUCUGCAGCGGUCUAAUACCUGCUCGUGGGCACAUCAUCUUGACUAGAGAGUACAUUUGUUUCUGGAGGAAGAAUACCGUGGGUUCAGAUGUAAAGUAUCGUUUCCGUUGCAAAGAUGUCAAGGGAGCUGUGGCGGUACCCAGCACUCGAGCCGCUUUCCACGGAAUGGCAUUGCAAAUACAUUCUCACCAUGAUCUCAAGUUUGAAUUUUGGAGUCAAGCCACUCGAGAUCAAGUCAUUCAACGAAUAAGCGAGCUAUGUAACCCCUUGAGUCCUAUCGAAACUUUAGGAUCUCCCUUGCCCAUCAGUCAAAUGACAUCUCUCAGUAUGUCCGAUAUAAGUCAACCUAGUGUUUUAUCCGAAACCAACUUGACGACUUCUCCUACCGAAACACCAUCCAUCAAUUCUGGUAUGACAUCCGCCGUUCGUUCAACUUCACCUAUUCCCAUGCAUGCUGCCGAUAUUUUAGCUCCACCAAAGGAAACAAUGUUUAUGAGUAAAGCUUUUCCCGAUGAAGCUUUAGCCUACAUGCCAUUCAUCGCCAAUAGACCAUGGGACGCUAAAACCACAAGAUUGACACCACGUACUUUCACUUGUUUAACAAUUGGAUCAAGAGGUGAUGUUCAACCUUAUAUCGCUUUAUGUUUACGUUUAAAACAAGAUGGUCAUCGUACGGUCAUUGUCACCCAUUCCGAAUUUAAAGAAUGGAUAGAAGGUUAUGAUAUCGAACAUCGACAAGCUGGUGGAGAUCCAACUGCAUUAAUGAAACUUAGUGCAGAACAUAAAAUGUUUUCACCCGGUUUUUUCAAAGAAUCCCUCGGAUCAUUCCGUGAAUGGCUCGAUAAUCUCUUGUUGGACGCAUGGAACGCAUGUCAAGAUGCCGACGUUCUCAUCGAAUCACCAUCCGCAAUGGCAGGUAUUCAUAUUGCCGAAGCUUUGAAAAUACCUUAUUUCCGAGCAUUCACCAUGCCUUGGACACGUACGACAGCUUAUCCACAAGCUUUCAUGGUCCCAGCAUUCGAAAUGGGACCAAGUUUCAAUUAUUCGACUUAUGUUUUAUUCGAUAAUAUAAUGUGGCGUGCUACUUCUGGUCAAAUCAAUAGAUGGAGGAAAAAUCAUUUGAAAAUCCGUCCGACGGAUAUGUCAACUUUAUCAGUAACAAAAGUACCUUUUUUAUAUAAUUUCAGUACUGCCGUAGUACCUAAACCACUCGAUUGGCAUGAUGAUAUAACAAUCACCGGAUAUUGGACUUUGGAAGAUAGUGAUAAAGAUUGGACACCACCUUUAGGAUUGGAAAAUUGGAUGAAUCAAGCUAAACAAGAUGGAAAACCUAUCGUUUAUAUCGGAUUCGGAUCAAUCGUAGUACCACGUCCAAACGCAAUGACAAAGAGUAUCAUCAAAGCUGUUGAGAAAUCAGGAGUGAGAGCUAUCAUAGCUAAAGGUUGGUCUUCUAGAGGAGGUGAUCCGGCUAAGGAAGGGGAAAAUAUCGAAUUUCCAGAUAGUUGUUAUGGUUUGGAAAAAGUACCACAUGGAUGGUUGUUCCCAAAGAUACAAGCGGCUUUGCAUCAUGGUGGUGCCGGAACGGUAGGAGCCAGUCUUCGUUCGGGAAUACCGACCAUUAUAAAACCAUGGUUCGGGGAUCAGUUUUUCUGGGCAAACAGAGUGACUAGAUUGGGAGUUGGACUCAAGUUAGCGUCGUUGAGAUCGGACGAGAUUGCGGACGCGUUGGUUAAAGCGACGUCGAAUAGGAUCAUGAUUGAGAAAGCGGCACGUGUGGGGGAAAGGAUAAGAGCGGAGAACGGGGUUGACAAGGCUCUGUUAGCCAUCCAUCAUAAUAUCGUCAGAGCAGGUGGGGAUAGAAGGAAGAUGCAAUGGGCGACAUGA